CUUUCUUUCUCAGCUUGGAUGUUCCCUUCUCACAGAGAACUACAAGCUACUCCCCCCCCAAUUAACUUUUUCCUCUUUACUUCCAUUUGGGCCCCCCUCAAACAUGCAAUCCCUUACUCCGCUUGUAGAUCUGAAAUCUUUAUUCCGGACGGCGGCGGCGUCCCCGGGUCUUGGCCUCACCCCCCACCGAGUUGGUCAGGCUCGUUACCUUAUUCAGUGUGUCUCUCGUUUUGAUGCGCCCAAUGUCAACGCCAAUUCCAGUUCCAGCGCCGCUCAAACCAGUGGCUCAAACCUCGCCUCCGGGCAUGUGGGCAGGGCCCGCCACGAGUGGCAGAGUGCGUGCGCCAUUCUUGCCAGCAAAGUGGUUUCUCAGCAGCAAGACACCGAGAAGAGCGGCGGUGCGGAUGGCGUCGCCGCCGUGAAUGGCCAUCCCACGCUCGACCUCGUCCCCGUCAAAGAACAUUCCAACUCACCCACGCCCCUUCCCAAGCCCCUGAGCAUCGCUGACCUGUCACCCGCGCCGAUGCAUGGUUCCCAUCUCCGAGUUGCGUAUCAAGGUGUCCCCGGAGCCUACAGCGAAGCCGCCGCCGGGAAAGCUUACCCCAACUGCGAAGCAAUCCCCUGCGACCAAUUCGAAGUCGCAUUCCAAGCCGUUGAGCUCUGGAUCGCCGACAGAGCCGUGCUCCCGGUGGAGAACUCCCUGGGAGGCUCUAUCCAUCGCAACUACGACCUCCUCCUCCGCCACCGCCUCCACAUAGUGGGCGAAGUCCAGCUUCCUGUCCACCACUGCCUCCUAGCUCUCCCGGGUGUCAGAAAAGAGUACCUCACGCGCGUGAUUAGCCACCCACAAGCGCUCUCCCAAUGCGAACACACCCUCACCAAAAUGGGCCUCAAUGUUGCCCGUGAAGCAGUGGACGAUACCGCGGGGGCCGCCGAGUACAUCGCGACGAACAACCUCCGGGACACCGCGGCAAUCGCCUCCGCCCGCGCCGCCGAGCUCUACGGCCUGCAGAUCCUGGCCGACGGAAUCCAGGAUGAUUCCGGCAAUGUUACCCGGUUUGUGAUGUUAGCCCGAGAACCGAUAAUCCCUCGGACGGACCGGCCAUUCAAGACCAGCAUAGUUUUCGCGCACGACAAGGGGACGAGCGUGCUGUUCAAGGUGCUGUCGGCGUUCGCUUUCCGGAACAUCAGCCUGACGAAGAUCGAGUCGCGGCCACACAGGAACCGGCCGAUCCGGCUGGUCGACGACGCCAACGUGGGAACGGCGAAGCACUUCGAGUACAUGUUUUACGUGGAUUUCGAGGCGUCGAUGGCGGAGGUCAGGGCUCAGAACGCGUUGGCUGAGGUUCAGGAGUUCACCUCCUUUUUGAGGGUACUCGGAAGCUACCCUAUGGACAUGACGCCGUGGGCGCCGUCCUCCACCGCCGGGGAUUAAACAUUUUUACCUCUCCAAUUUUCCCUUUCCCAUUUUUACCCCAUAUCUUUCUGGUAAUUGUUGAUUUGGCCUAUUAUUUUUUACAAAAUUGCAACAACCACCCAAAAAGAAAUCAAAAGAUGGACGAAUUAGAUACAACAACCAUUCCGCUUGAAUCGUACUACAUUGGAUCUGCUGUUCUGGUAUUGGGGGUAGGUUUGAAUAUAUAUAUAUAUAUAUAUAUUUUAUUUUGAUGGGAAGAGAGGAAAAAUGUUAGGAAAUGGUGGGUAGAUAUGUAAUUAAAGUGGGAUUGUGGGGCAUUUCGUGUAAAAUUAAUUAAUUAAGGAGUACAAGUGUAUAUGGUCCACUGCAUUAGCUACCUCUAAAAGCUUUGGAGAGGUAGGUAAGCAAAUCCUGUACAUUUUUAUUUUUAUUUUUUUGAAUUGUUUUCUUAUAUAAAAACAUUGAGAAUUGAGGAAUUUCAUACUGCUUUUAUUAUCCCUCACUA